AUGUGGCCUGACUUGAUUAAGAAGUCAAAGGAGGGUGGAUUAGACGCAAUUGAGACCUAUGUGUUCUGGAAUGCUCAUGAACCAGUGCGUCGCCAAUAUGAUUUUACUGGCAACCUAGACCUCAUUAAGUUCAUCAAAACCGUUCAAGAUGCUGGACUAUACGUCGUUCUUCGAAUCGGUCCGUAUGUUUGUGCUGAAUGGAACUAUGGAGGACUUCCUGUUUGGCUGCACAAUUUGCCCGGCUGCAAAAUUCGAACUGCAAAUGAUGUCUUCAUGAAUGAGAUGAAAAAUUUCACUACUAUGAUUGUUGAUAUGGCCAAAAAAGAGAAGCUUUUUGCAUCUCAAGGAGGCCCAAUUAUUAUGGCUCAGAUUGAAAAUGAAUAUGGAGAUGUGGAAUGGUGGUAUGGAGAUGCUGGUAAAGCAUAUCGUGACUGGUGUGCAAAUUUUGCUGAAUCUCUUGAUGUUGGUGUUCCAUGGAUUAUGUGUCAACAAAACGAUGCCCCAGAUCCAAUGAUCAACACUUGCAAUGGCUUCUACUGCGACCAAUUUACACCCAGACCCAAUUAUCCUAAAAUGUGGACUGAAAAUUGGACAGGAUGGUUUAAGAGCUGGGGCGGCUCAGAUCCAUUCAGGACCGCUGAGGAUCUUGCUUUCGCAGUUGCAAAAUUUUUCCAAUUUGGAGGCACAUUUCAGAACUAUUACAUGUAUCAUGGUGGUACAAACUUCGGUCGAACAGCUGCUGGAUACAUCACCACUUCUUAUGAUUACAAUGCUCCUCUCGAUGAAUAUGGUACUUUGAAUCAACCAAAAUGGGGGCAUUUGAAGCAACUUCAUGAGACUUUGAAAUCCAUGGAGUACACUCUUACCCAUGGAAAUAUUACCACCGCAGAUUUGGGUAACUAUGUUUCGACCACUGUGUAUGCAACAGAAGAGUCGUCGAGUUGCUUUCUGGGCAAUUCAAAUUACAAACUUGAUGCAAACAUCACUUUCCGAGGAACCCAAUACACUGUUCCGGCGUGGUCUGUUAGUAUUCUUCCUGAUUGCAAAAUUGAAGUAUAUAAUACUGCUAAGGUUAAUACCCAAACAACAGUAAAAGUAAAAAGGCCUAACAAGGCUGAAGAUGAACCUGAGUCUCUUCAGUGGACAUGGAGGCCUGAGAACAUAGAUGAGACUAAGAUUCUUGGAAAAGGUGAAGUUGUGGUAAAUCACCUUAUGGAGCAAAAAGAGGCUGCAAAUGAUGAUAGUGAUUACCUUUGGUACAUGACAAGUCUUGAUCUCAAGAAAGAUGAUCCAAGUUGGAGUAAGAACAUUACACUAAGGAUCAAUGGAACUGGUUGCAUUCUUCAUGCUUAUGUGAAUGGAGAGCAUAUUGGUUCUGACAAUGCUGCUCGUAAUUUUGAGAGAAAUGUUACACUAAAUUAUGGAAGAAACAUUAUUUCUUUGUUGAGUGUCACAACUGGAUUUUCGAACUACGGAGGUGGAUAUGAUUUGCAACCUGCUGGAAUACUUGGUCCUAUUGUUUUGAUUGGACAGAAUGGUGACGAAACUGUGAUCAAGGAUUUGUCAGCACACAAAUGGUCAUACAAGGUUGGAUUACAUGGCUUGACAAACAAGCUAUUUAGCUCCGAGAAAGCAACGAAAUGGUCGUCUGAAAAUUUACCAGUAAACACGAUGAUGACAUGGUACAAGACAACUUUCAAAGCUCCUUUAGGAACUGACCCCGUUGUGGUGGAUUUACAAGGGUUGGGGAAGGGUGAUGCUUGGGUGAAUGGUCAUAGUAUUGGUCGAUAUUGGCCAAGUUAUUUGGCUAAGACCGACGGUUGUAGUGAUGCUUGCGACUAUCGUGGUAAAUAUGAGAGUAAAAAAUGUACUUCCAAAUGUGGCGAACCUACUCAAAGAUGGUAUCAUGUUCCGCGAUCUUUCAUGCGAGACGAUGAUGAGAACACGUUGAUCUUGUUCGAAGAAUUUGGUGGCAAUCCAUCUCUUGUAAAUUUCCAAACCAUCACAGUCGGAAGUGUUUGUGCGAAUUCAUAUGAGAAGAAUACCUUGGAAUUGGCAUGCCAAGGUCGCCCCAUUUCAGCAAUCAAAUUUGCUAGCUUUGGCAACCCUCAAGGUACUUGUGGAUCAUUCAAGAAAGGCACCUGUGAUGGCGCAAAUGCACUGUCCAUCAUUGAAAAGGAAUGCAUCGGUAAAGAAAAAUGCUCGAUCAACAUCUCCAAAGACAAAUUUGACACAACAAAUUGUGGAGAUAAUGUGAAAAGGCUUGCAGUGGAGGCCGUUUGUUAA